GAAGCAUGUCGAUGUUUCAUCGAUACAACAUCACCUUCCCCGUCACAGGAUCUGAAGCACCCAUCAUUAAGUGAUAACCACAGUGAUAAAAUAUGGAUUGGGUGUACUCGUCAAAAGAUGCCACAAGUGUUCAGUGCUCUAAAUGCUCUCAAUGAAACGUUAAUCUCAAAACUGUAUAUUUGGGAUUCACUAAUUAACAUCAUACCGGCCGAUAUGUUUGCACAGGUACGUCCUCGUCAGCUAUCGAUAGAGCACUCUGGCGUGAGUGUGUUUCGUGCAGGUGCGUUCAGUAACAUUGGACAGCGGUUGAAGAUACUUCAGCUGAGGAACAAUAUCAUAAAAAGAAUUGAGCCGGUCAUCGUCGAAGACUUGCAUCGUCUUCAAGUUCUCGAUCUUGGUGCCAAUAAAAUAGCGCAAGUUACCAAAGGACAAGUGGAUAAGUUGAAAGAUCUGGAAACGCUCAUCUUAAGUGAUAAUCAAAUCUCGUAUAUCGAAGAUGAUGCUUUCCAAACGCUCACCAAUCUAAAAACGCUCAGUUUAGCUGAUAAUAAGCUCACUGAUAUUUCAAAAAACACUUUUCGUGGUUUAAAUAAUUUGGAAACUCUCAAUUUACAUGGUAACACUAUAACCACUGUUGAUUGGUCAGCAUUCGCUCAUAUGAAAAAUUUGAAACUAUUGGAUAUCGGAAAUAAUCAAAUAACGAAUGUUGAAUUACACGGAUUACAAUCACUCGAAAAACUAUUCAUUAAUAAUAACAGUAUUCAAACACUGAAGAAUAUCAGUUUGCGUGAUCUUGUGAAUUUGAACGUUUUAUCGCUGGAUCGUAAUUCAAUAACACAAAUCCAGGAUGGUGAUCUGCAUUCAUUAGCUGAAAGCGUUAGAUUGAAUUCAUUAUCGAUCGCUGCAAAUAAAAUAAAUAAAAUUGAAUCACGUGCCCUCGAACCAAUUCAUCAGCUUAAAAUACUCUCAUUAGAAAAUAAUCAGUUAAAAUCAUUGUCGGCUGAUGAUGGCAUUGGGAAUGUUUCGUUUCUUCGACCUCUUCGGAAGUUAAAAACUUUAUUAUUGUCCAGUAAUAAUAUCAAGCAAAUCGAUGAGAACGACCUCGCCUCAUUAGUUUCACUGAAAACACUCGCGCUUGAUCAUAAUGAAAUCGAAAAGAUUGAUUCGAAGGCGUUACUGCGAUUACCACUUACAAGAAUAUACUUAAAUCACAAUCGUCUCUUUUAUCUUUCGAAAGGAACUUUUGAUAGCCUAUCAACGAGCAAUUUGGAUGUUGUUGAUAUUUCUGAUAAUGUGUGGCAGUGUAUUUGCGAGAAUGAUUGGUUAUCAAAAUGGCUAUCAGAAGUAGGAGAUAAGAACGUUGCUGACGGGAGUCUAGGUUGUAUAGCAACAAAAAAGAUGUGUAACGGAGAUGACAGCGAUGAUAAUAUUGAAAGUGAGGAUGAAGAACACAGUGUGUGGAUAACAGUAAUUGCGAGUAUUUUGGCAGUUGUCUCGUUGUUCAUUCUGAUUGCGAUUGCAUUCUUAUACGUUGAAGAUGGGAAACGUCUUGAUAGGAUCACAACUCCGUUACGUCGUGUACCAUCGGAUUUGUUGAGACUGAUUCCGGACGGCGACUCGAUCAUAUCAUUGCCAAGUGAAUCGAUUGUCGAGCCGUUCAUUACAUCUCAGUUACCACCACCAAAACGGUCAAUAAUAACUAAUCAUCGAAAUAACGCUAGCAAUAAUCCGUUAAUUAUAACAACUCACAAUGAUAACUCUAAUCAAUUAUCAACAAUUAACACCAAUGACACUAAUGAUAGCAAUAAUAAUAAUAAUAAUGGUAAAACCAUUGAAAAGAAACGGGUUCGAUUCAAUGGCAUCUGA